AGCUAAACAGUCAAUCAUAGCUUCACAAAUGAUUACAUUCCCCUAUAUUUCAGUUUAAUUAACAACCUUAAUUAAACCGAACAUAACCUCUCGGAAAUUUAGGUUCCUUGUCGGAAAGUAGACCAAACGGCGACACAUUCCGACAACCAAAAAAAAACGUCCGGCCCCUCCACCUUCCACGCGUCCCCUCGCUUUUUUUUUUUUCCUUUGAAAUUGAAUUUGAGCAGAUAGUACAUUAUUCAUUCUUCAUACCUUUACAGGUUGAUGGCAGAGUCGCCGGUUAGCCGUGAUCAUCAUCGUAGCCGACGGAGUUCUUCCGGUGAUUCUGUUGAUAUCGGUGGCGGAAUUAAUGUCGAUCAUAAUCAUAAUGGCAUUGCUUCUUCCGAUUCUAAUUCAGGAGCUGUGGACAGUGGUUCAUCUAAACAAAGCAUGUCUAUUGAAUCACCUUCAUCAACUACUUCAAAAUCAGAUUCUGGUAACACUCAGCCAAAAAGUCUGAGUAAACAAUUAGACAGCUACAAGCUACGCAAAUUGGCUACUAAAUUGUUUGAUGAUACACUUCCUUUUAGAAAGAAGCUCAAAUUGUUUCAUCGAUUUGCAAAUGUGAAAGAUGAUGGAACUGUACAAUUAGAAGUUCCUGAAGAUAUUAAACCACAAGUACUGGAUACUGUUCCACCCCCUAUUCCUGAAGAAUGUGUUGAUCAGGAGCCUUAUGAUGUAGCCGAGCUCCGAGUCAUACCUCCUCUGCAAAUAGUAAUGCUUAUCGUUGGAACACGGGGAGAUGUACAGCCAUUCAUUGCCAUUGGAAAACGCUUACAGGAAGAUGGUCACAGGGUUAGAUUGGCAACCCACUCAAAUUUUAAGGAUUUUGUUUUGACAGCUGGAUUGGAGUUUUUUCCUCUUGGUGGAGAUCCAAAAGUUCUUGCUGGCUACAUGGUCAAAAAUAAAGGUUUCUUGCCUUCUGCACCUUCUGAGAUACCUAUUCAGAGGCAGCAAAUAAGGGACAUCGUGUUCUCUUUACUUCCCGCAUGCAAUGAUCCUGACCCUGAUACAAAUGUUCCUUUUAAAGCAGAUGCAAUAAUUGCCAAUCCUCCAGCGUAUGGACAUACGCAUGUUGCCGAGGCACUGAACAUACCUAUUCAUAUAGUCUUCACAAUGCCUUGGACACCUACUAAUGAAUUUCCACAUCCUUUGUCCCGUGUUAAGCAACCAAUUGCUUACAAACUGUCAUAUCAAAUUGUUGAUUCAAUGAUUUGGCUCGGAAUAAGAGACAUUAUUAAUGAAUUUAGAAAGAAGAAGCUGAAGUUAAGACCUGUCACAUAUUUAAGUGGACACUAUAGCUCUCCUCCUGAUAUGCCUUAUGGGUAUAUAUGGAGUCCUCACAUUGUUCCUAAACCAAAAGAUUGGGGACCUAAGAUUGAUGUUGUUGGAUUCUGCUUCCUUGAUCUAGCAUCAAAUUAUGAACCUCCAGAAUCGCUUGUGAAGUGGCUAGAAGCUGGCGAUGCACCGAUUUAUAUUGGUUUUGGUAGCCUUCCUCUUCAAGAACCAAAGAAGAUGACUCAGAUUAUAGUUACAGCUUUGGAAAAGACUGGUCAGAGAGGCAUCAUUAACAAGGGGUGGGGUGGUCUUGGUGAUUUGGUAGAAUCCAAGGAUUUUGUGUACUUACUGGAAAACUGCCCUCAUGACUGGCUGUUCUCAAAAUGCAAGGCUGUGGUUCAUCAUGGGGGUGCGGGAACAACCGCUGCUGGUCUUAAAGCUGCGUGUCCUACAACCGUUAUACCUUUCUUCGGAGACCAGCUUUUCUGGGGCGAGCAAGUUCAUGCCAGAGGAGUAGGUCCGGCACCUAUCCCAGUGGAGGAGUUUUCACUUGCAAAGUUGGUUGACGCAAUAAGCUUCAUGCUAGAUCACAAGGUGAAAGAACGUGCUACCGAAUUGUCUAAGUCUAUGGAGAAUGAAGAUGGGGUAAAAGGUGCAGUUAAUGCCUUCUAUAAACAUUUUCCUGACAAAGAGCUCGAAUCUAUGCCUCAGUCUCCACCUGCAAGUUCAAGGUUUCCUUCGAUAAUAGGCUGUUUUGGUUGCAAAAGAUGAGUUUGAUUUCCAAAUUACUUUUAACUUAUGUGUUGGUUUUUCCAUAUUACUAAAGGAUGUUUGGUUUUAUAUAGUUUUAGUUUCUACAGA